AUGAUGCUGUUGGGAUUCCUUCUCGUCCUGGCCUUGUCCUGCGGGCCGCGAGGCAGCGAAGGAGCUCGUGGCCGGCUGCUUCCCGCCAAUGAGAACGAUCGACGCGGACUCUCAGUCCAAGCUUCCCUCGGGCCCUCGGUUUCUGGCAACGUUGACUCUGGCGAUUCGUGGGCUCACUUGGGUGUCCGAGAUGGUGCUCUCGUGCAGCGACAACUGCAGCAGCAGGAGCAGCGGGAUGAGAAGUUGAUAGACGACGAGCAGCUUCAGGCCGCUGAGCAGGUGGGCGUGCAAGUCGAAAAGCAGAGAAUGCUGGCGGCAGUUGGGGAGUGGAAGCCCCAGGAGAAGGUGGGGAAGGAGUGGCGGCGGAUAUUGCAUAAACGGAGCAGGCCGAAGAAGAGCAAGAAGCAGCAGCAGCUGGCGAAGGCGGCAGAGGAGAAGGCGGCUCAGGAGAAGGCGGCUCAGGAGAAGGCGGCUCAGGAGAAGGCGGCACAGGAGAAGGCGGCACAGGAGAAGGCGGCGGCUCAGGAGAAGGCGGCGGCACAGGAGAAGGCGGCGGCACAGGAGAAGGUGGCACAAGAGAAGGCGGCUCAGGAGAAGGCGGCACAGGAGAAGGCGGCUCAGGAGAAGGCGGCACAGGAGAAGGCGGCUCAGGAGAAGGCGGCUCAGGAGAAGGCGGCUCAGGAGAAGGCGGCUCAGGAGAAGGCGGCACAGGAGACGGCGGCACGGGAAAACGCGGCACGGGAGAAUGCGGAGGCGAUGCCGGCAACGCCGACGCCGGCACAGGCGACGCCGGCAGAUGCGGCGCCGGCAGAGGCGACGCCGGCAGAGGCGACGCCGGCAGAGGCGACGCCGGCAGAGGCGACGCCGGCAGAGGCGACGCCGGCAGAGGCGGCGCCGGCAGAGGCGGCGCCGGCAGAGGCGACGCCGGCAGAGGCGACGCCGGCAGAGGCGACGCCGGCAGAGGCGACGCCGGCAGUUGCGACGCCGGCAGAGGCGACGCCGGCAGAGGCGGCGCCGGCAGAGGCGGCGCCGGCAGAGGCGACGGCGGCAGAGGCGACGCCGGCAGAGGCGGCGCCGGCAGAGGCGACGGCGGCAGAGGCGACGCCGGCAGAGGCGGCGCCGGCAGAGGCGACGCCGGCAGAGGCGACGCCGGCAGAGGCGACGCCGGCAGAGGCGACGCCGGCAGAGGCGACGCCGACAGAGGCGACGCCGGCAGAGGCGACGCCGGCAGAGGCGACGCCGGCAGAGGCGACGCCGGCAGAGGCGACGCCGGCAGAGGCGACGCCGGCAGAGGCGGCGCCGGGAGAAGCGGCGCCUGGAGAGGCGACGGCGGCGGGGGAGACGGGGGCGGGGGAGACGGGGGCGGGGGAGACGGGGGCGGGGGAGACGGGGGCGGGGGAGACGGGGGCGGGGGAGACGGGGGCGGGGGAGACGGGGGCGUUGGAGACGGCGGCAGGGGAGACGGCGGCAGGGGAGACGGCGGCAGGGGAGACGGCGACAGAGGAGACGGCGACAGAGGAGACGGCGACAGAGGAGACGGCGACACAGGCGAAGACUGGACUGGAGAAGGCGGCACUGGCGAGUGCGGGACGGGAGAAGAGCAGACAGGAGGCGAUGGCGUCACGGGCGAAAGCAGGACUGGCGAGGGAGGCACGGGCGAAAGCGGCACAGCAGAAGACGGCACAGGCUUAUCUUAACCAUCUGUCGAAGAAAAUGGACCAGCAAAACCAGCAGGAGCAGCAGGUUGAUUCUGGCCUCGAAUGA